AGAGCGAGACGCUGAGCUGAGGACAGAAAGGACAGGCAGGAGGACACUGGACAUUCAGGAUGCUGCUGCAGGAACUGUGAUGCCGUGAUGGACAGCAGAGGACGCAGAGGAACCGAUGGGUCAGUGAAACGCUCGUCCAUCAAGCGCAGCGUGUCUUCUGGAUCCCAGAGGGUUCACAGAGCGUGGAUCGAGAGAACCUUCCAGAAGAGAGAAUGCAUCCAGAUCAUUCCCAGCAAAGAUGCCAGCAGGUGCAGCUGUGGCCAGCUGGUGGCGCAGCACCCCCCCAUCCAUCCAGGGGCAGUGGAGGAGACGGGCCAGCUGGUUCAGUUGGAUGUCCAGCCUGCAGAGAGAUGGAGUAUCCUGAAACACACCCAGACCUUUUCCACCGAUGCCUAUGGAGUCCUGGAGUUCCAGGGCGGAGGACACGUCAACAAGGCCAUGUACAUCAGGGUCUCCUAUGACUCCAAGCCAGACUCUCUGCUCCACCUGAUGGUGAAGGAGUGGCAGCUGGAGCUGCCUACACUACUCAUAUCCGUCCACGGAGGGCUGCAGAACUUCGACCUGCCCCCCAAACUAAAGCAGGUCUUUGGGAGGGGGCUGAUCAAGGCCGCUGUCACCACUGGAGCCUGGAUCUUCACAGGAGGAGUCAGCACAGGGGUCAUUCGACAUGUUGGAGACGCUCUCAAAGACCAUUCAUCCAAGUCCAGAGGAAAGGUCUGCGCCAUCGGCAUCGCACCCUGGGGAAUUGUCGAAAACAAAGAGGACCUGAUUGGGAAAGAUGUGACACGCCCCUAUCAGACCAUGUCCAACCCGCUCAGCAAGCUGUCGGUCCUGAACAGCAGCCACUCUCACUUCAUCCUAUCCGACAAUGGCACCACCGGCAAAUAUGGAGCUGAGGUCCGCCUCCGCCGGCAGCUGGAGAAACAUGUCUCCCUGCAGAAGAUCAACACACGUUUGGGCCAGGGUGUCCCGGUGGUCUGCCUGAUCCUAGAGGGGGGUCCUAAUGUCAUCUCCAUUGUGCUGGAGAGUUUGAAGGAGGAACCACCUGUCCCGGUUGUGGUUUGUGACGGCAGCGGCCGGGCCUCUGACAUCAUCUCCUUUGCUCACAGAUACUGCGAAGAGGACGGGCUGGUGAACGAGAGUGUCAAAGAUCAGCUCCUGGUCACCAUCCAGAAAACUUUCAACUAUAGCCGUAGCCAGGCGCAGCAGAUCUUCCAGAUGGUGAUGGAGUGCAUGAAGAAGAAGGCUCUGAUCACCGUGUUCAGGAUGGGCUCAGAGGGCCAGCAGGACAUUGAGAUGUCCAUCCUCACAGCCCUGCUCAAAGGUACCAACGCUUCUGCGUCCGACCAGCUGAGUUUGGCCCUGGCCUGGAACCGCGUGGACAUCGCUCGGAGCCAGAUCUUCGUCUACGGCCUGCACUGGCCCCCUUCCGGCGCCGUGGCGGCUGACCGGCCCAAAAGCCCGGCGGCGCAGCGCCAACCGGCCGGAAAAGGAAAAGCCAGAGGAAAGAAAGGCAAAGGAGGGAAAGCCAAAGCGGAACCGCCGGAGGAAACCGACCCGCGGAAACUGGAGCUGCUCAGCUGGGUGAACUCCCUGGAACAGGCCAUGAUGGACGCUCUGGUUCUGGACCGGGUGGACUUUGUGAAGCUCCUGAUUGAAAAUGGCGUCAACAUCCAUCACUUCCUGACGAUCCCGCGGUUAGAAGAGCUGUACAACACGAAGCUGGGUCCUGCGAAUACGCUCCACUUUGUGGUUCGAGACGUGAAGAAGGGGAAUCUUCCUCCAGAUUACCAGAUAACCUUGAUCGACAUUGGGCUGGUUCUGGAGUUCCUAAUGGGGGGGGCCUACCGCUGCAACUACACCAGGAAAAACUUCAGGACCCUGUAUAACAACCUGUAUGGUCUGAAACGACCCAAAGCUCUGAAGCUGCUUGGGAUGGAGGACGAUGAGCCGCGGCCAAAGGGGAAAGGGAAGAAGAACAAGAAGAAGGAGGAGGAGGUGGACAUCGAUGUGGAUGACCCUGAGGUCAGCAGGUUCCAGUAUCCCUUCCAUGAGCUCAUGGUGUGGGCUGUGCUGAUGAAGCGUCAGAAGAUGGCGCUGUUCCUGUGGCAGCGGGGCGAAGAGGCCAUGGCCAAAGCUCUGGUGGCUUGUAAGCUCUACAAGGCCAUGGCCCAUGAAUCCUCCCAGAGCGAGCUGGUGGACGACAUCUACCAGGACCUGGAGAACAACUCCAAGCAGUUUGGUCAGCUGGCCUACGAACUGCUGGAUCAGUCGUACAAACACGACGAGCAGUUAGCCAUGAAGAUGUUGACCUAUGAGCUGAAGAACUGGAGUAACUCCACCUGCCUGAAGCUGGCUGUAGCUGCCAAACACAGAGACUUCAUCGCUCACACCUGCAGCCAGAUGCUGUUGACUGACAUGUGGAUGGGCUGCCUGAGGAUGGGCAAGAGCAACAGCCUGAAGGUAAUUUUAGGAAUUAUUUUCCCCCCCGCCAUCCUGCUCCUUGAAUUCAGACUUGGAGAUGAAACUUCUCACCAUUCAUGGAAAGAAAACACUACUGGGAAAACUAAAGAUGAGAAUAAAUCCAACAAGGAUGCCGCCUCCAAUGCUGACACAAUGUCCAAGAAAGGAGAUGAAGAAGAGAACCAGAAGAAGAACCUAAGGAUUCCCAUUGGGAGGAAGAUCUACGAGUUUUACAACGCCCCUUUCACCAAGUUCUGGUUCAACACGAUCUCAUACCUGGUGUACCUCAUGCUCUAUAACUACAUCAUCCUGGUGAAGAUGGAACGCUGGCCCUCUCUGCAGGAGUGGAUAGUCAUCUCCUACAUUAUCACCCUGGGGCUGGAGAAAGUCAGACAGAUCCUCAUGUCCGAGCCAGGGAAGCUGAAACAGAAGAUCAGUGUGUGGUUGGAGGACUACUGGAACAUCACUGACCUGGUGGCCAUCUCUGUCUUCCUGCUUGGCCUCCUGCUGCGGCUCCAGGGCGAGCCCUCCAUGGGCUAUGGCCGAGUCAUCUACUGUGUUGACAUCAUCUUCUGGUACAUUCGAGUCCUUGACAUCUUUGGAGUCAACAAGUACCUGGGCCCCUACGUCAUGAUGAUCGGCAAGAUGAUGAUUGACAUGCUGUACUUCGUAGUCAUCAUGCUGGUGGUGUUGAUGAGUUUUGGGGUGGCUCGGCAGGCCAUCCUCCAUCCGGACGAGGAACCCACAUGGCGCCUGGCUAGGAACAUCUUCUACAUGCCGUACUGGAUGAUCUACGGAGAAGUGUUUGCAGACUCCAUAGACCGUAAGACUAGCGUCUAUAUUUAUGCCAUGGAAAUUAACCCUCCAUGUGGAGACAACAUGUAUGAUGAAGACGGGAAGAAGCUUCCUCCAUGUAUUCCUGGAGCCUGGCUGACCCCGGCCAUCAUGGCGUGUUACCUGCUGGUGGCCAACAUCCUCCUGGUCAACCUGCUCAUCGCCGUCUUCAACAACACCUUCUUUGAGGUGAAGUCCAUCUCCAACCAGGUGUGGAAGUUCCAGCGGUACCAGCUGAUCAUGACCUUCCACGACCGCCCCAUCCUGCCGCCGCCCCUCAUCGUCUUCCCCCACGUCUACAUCACCCUGAAGAGGCUGUGCUGCACCUGCAGGCGAAGGCCGGAGGGGGAGCGGGACGACCGCGCCCGCCGGCUCCAACUGGUUCUGAACGCAGAAGAGAUAAAGAGUCUGUACGAGUUCGAGGAGCAAUGUGUGGAGGAAUACUUCAGAGAGAAAGAAGACGAGAAGCAGUCCUCCAACAACGAGCGAAUCAGAGUCACAGCUGAGAGGGUGGAGAACAUGGCGAUGCGGCUGGAGGAGGUGAACGAGCGGCAGCGCUCCAUGAAGGCGUCGCUGCAGACGGUGGACCUGCGCCUGGCCCAGCUGGAGGAUUUCUCCGGCCGGACCAUGAACGCCCUGGAGAAGCUGGCCGGGGUGGACCGGGCCGAGCUGGUCCGGUCACGCUCCGGGGGCUCGUCGGUGUUCGACCCGCCCGGCCUAAUGCGGCAUGGCAGCGUUGGCAGCGUCGGCAGCUGCAGCCUGUACCGGUACCAGCUGGACCACGACGACCAGACGGACGGCGAGGAAAAGAAAGUCCAGCCGAGUCCAGAGAGAGAAACGGCAAAAACAGCAGGCGAUCUCGCUUCCAGUCUGGACGUCUCCAGUGUGAGGGACAGGACACAGUCUCUGUCCAAUGUGGACAUCUUGAUCUCGCCGUGUGGCCCCGCCUCUCCUCUUCGUCACGGCAGCCCGGCGGACCCCGACGGUCCGGCCCAGAGGAGCCGGCUGCAGGCCGGGUCCUCUGGGCCCCUGGACAAGGCGAUGCAGUAUUUAUUGUCUCCAGAUGCCCAACAGGGGGCGCUCCACAGUCCACCUCCCCCCACGAUGAAGGGCGCUGAUGAAGAGGAGGGAGCCAGGCCUCCGGCUCCUGAACCAGAUGCUGAUGAAGAGGAGCUGCUGGUGGAUGAAGACAGGAAGUACCCGAGCCUCCGAUCCAAAAGUCUCAGCAGUAACCAGGCGACCAAGAGGACGAAGAGGCGUGAGGAAGAGGAGAAGCCCCGCCCCUCCAGCAGUGUCACAGACCUGGUGUCAGUGUUCAGACGGAACCAGAACCAGAACUAGAACCAGAUCCAGAGGGUCUUCCGCCUCUCGGGUUCUAGAGGUUUUUCUAUUUCUACUUUUUUCAGAGUAAAAAACAUUUAAGUUUCUGCAGCAAAACAGGAAACAGGAAGUUACAGAAAAACGGAGCUUUGUCUAAAUCAGGUGUCAGUUGGGGCCACUGGUCUGGAGCACUGGAAGCACUGGAAGCACUGGAAGUACUGGAAGCCAGUCUGCUAACAGACGCUUGUUCUCUGGAUGUUGAAGAGACGGUUUGUUGGAGAACAUGAGCGUAGUCAGCAUCUGACAGGAAGUAGGAAGUAGCCAGAGAAAUCUCAGGUGAACAGUGAUGGAGGAAACAGGAAGUGAUGCAGACUAAGUUUACAACAUUUUACAUUAAAACUUUAAAUCUGAAAUACAAAAAGGACACCAGCCGUGAUCAACUGGGAUGAGACUAAAAUUUUCACUAACUUAUACUGGUUACUUUUGGAGAAGUUUUACAUUUGUCUUUAUUGUUCAGCGUGAAAAUCUGUUUGCUCAUCAUGUCUGUUAACAUUUUAUCAAUAAAUCACGGAUUUAUGUGAUGGCCGGUUUGAUCAUUUCAUGAAAAGUAAAGAUUUUUUAGAAGCUCAAUGUUCAGAGAAGAGUUAUUGCAAUACCUUGUCUGGCCACAAGAGGGCACAGCAUCAAUCAGCAGUGGAACCUGCUAAUGUGUGACAGUCUGGUUCCACCUGGAGAGUUAUGGCUAAAAUACUCUAAGUUACUGUUGAUUUCUGACUAAAACGCCCUUAAAUAAACAUCUUUACACAGCAGCAAAAGUAUUCAUACCCCGGGGAACUUUUCAUAAGUUGAAAAAUAUUUCAUUGGAUUUUAUGUGAAACACAAAGUGAUUUAUUAUUGGCAAGUCCAAAGAAAAUGAUACAAUUCAAAAUAUUUUUGCAAAUAUACUUUAAAACAGUAUCCAGCUCCCAUUUCUCUGAGGUCAGACAUCUAAUCUGAGCAUCAUCUGUUUGGCAAAGAGUCACUGGAUGAAGAAAGAGAAAAACCCUAAAGACUAGCAGCUGCAAUUGCAGCAACAGGUGGUUCCACAUUGACUCAGGGAGCUGAAUACUUGUGUGCACCACACCUUUGACUUUUUCACUUUUAAAAAAUGUUUUCAAUCGUGUAACCCUUUACUCAGAUCUACCACUUUGUGCUGGUUUUUUACAUUAUAUUCCAGUGAAAUUUAUGUUUGUGGCUGUUUGUGACAAAAUCUGGAAAAGUUCAAGGGGUAUGAAUACUUUUUACAAUCCUGCAUAUUAAAGAAAUAUGUAGAAACUAUUCAUAGUUCAGAAUAUAAUCCAACUGUUAAAAUAUGAAACGCCAUGCCUUACUAAGUUAUCACUUAGUAGCACUGAUAACAAAAUAUGAAGGGUUUUAGUUUCUUUACCCACAGAGAGAACAGAUAAUCAGGUGAAUAAAGUUUAUUUGAACAAUGAUGAAAAGUGAGAUUGUGUGGUUCUUGCUCUGGAGAACAGCAACCAGGGUUGUCUGUACUCUAGAGCAAUGAGAUAGACAUGGUGAGUUUGAGGUAGUUGGAAAGUGGAGCUUCAGAAAGAAUUAGACUGAUCUUACUUGAAAUG